AUGUUCGCCCUGGUAUUGAUUGCUUUAUUGGUUUCCCCAGCUUUUUGUCAAUCAGGAUGCACUUCAGAGUUGACUUUUGGAAAGACUUGCUCUCAAAAUAAAACGUCGACUAAGUGGUAUUUUGAUUCGAAGCUUUCUUUCUGCUAUCCAUAUCAAUUUCUUGGAUGUGAUGAAGGAACCAAUUCUUUUGAGUCAAGUGAUUUGUGCCUCGAAUUUUGUAAACCUGCCGACCAAUUUUCGUGCGGUGGAAACACUGACGCCGACGGUGUCUGCUUUUCUCCAGGUGAUCACGGAUGCAAGAAAGGGACAGACUGCGUGAUGGGAGGAACUGUUGGAUUCUGUUGUAACAAGGAAAUUCAAGACGAAUGGAACAAAGAGCACUCUCCAAAGUGCUCAAAGGGGAAUGUUGUACAAUUCAAGCAAUGGUUUGGAAUGACUCCAUUAAUUGGACGGAACUGUAACCAUAAGUUUUGCCCAACUGGUUCAACAUGUAUCCAAGGCAAAUGGACUGCUCACUGCUGUCAGUAA